GGGAAUCUGAAACGUCUCCUUUAGUCUGAUCUGCAGCUGGCCCCUCCCGACCCGCCAGGUCCACCGUAGGCUCAGCCCGCCUCCUGUUUUAGUAUCUUUACCUCCGCCUAGUUUCUUUCAGAACAGCCCGCUUCAUACGUGCCUUUGGCGUGGGGAUGGUGCCGCCGUGCCCGAGAGCCACCCUGCUCACGUUGUGUCUGGUAAGACCCAUCCCUGCUCCUGGCCAUCACUGUCGUUGGGGUCACGCAGCUCCCGUUGGCUUUGAAGAGCAUGAACUCAAAGAGGAAACGUCCUGUCACUUUGCAGGACCCUGAAACCGAGUACCCGCUACCCUGAUUGAGCAACAGGUCAUGGCAAAUCAACCACAACACCCAGAGGUUCCGCUUUGGGCUGCCCUCGCACCAUGCCUUAGGGCGUCCCGUGGGUACAUAUGUUCACCUCUUGGCCGAAACCGAUAGUGUCUUGGUGGUCAGGGCUUACACGCCUGUGUCCAGUGGUGAUGAUCUGGGCUUUGUGGACGUGAUUAUCAAGAUCUACUUCGAAAACGUACACCCCUAAUCAUCCAGAUGGGGGAAGAUGACUCGGCACCUGAGACACCACAGCAGAUGCCUUGAAAGCAGCCCAUUUACUUUCAUUUCUGCUUCACAAAUGAGGACACUCAAGAGCUCCGACUGGGGUGAGGGAGCCACUACCUGCGUGGCGGGCAUCGCGCCCCUGCUGCAGCUCAUCCGCUGCAGCACCAGGACCAGGACCUCCCUCAUCUCCGCCAACCAGACUGAGGAGGAGAUCUUGCUGAGAGAGGAGCUUGAAGAAGUUGCCAGAACCCACCCAAAGCAGCUCAACUUGUGAAACACCCUGGACAGGCCUCCUGGUGCUGCAGUCCCCACUGUCCCCAACCCCGGACUUAAUCAGGGGCCAGUCCCUGGCUGGGCUCGGAGGCUGAGGCUCCGUCUCUACGUGGGAAAUGCAGGCAUUGGAGGGAGAGGCGAGGCGGGCAACAUCAGGGGCCACCGGCUUCCGCACGGCAAGGGACAGAGCAUCUGCUGCACUGACUACGGCCACCGAUGCUCUGUCCCCAUGCCCUCGCCUCGGCCAGGCCAGCAGUCCUCACAGGCAGAGCUCCCCCGCCACCAGUGCACACAGCCCCCAAAGCCUGCACCCCCGCAGGCUGCCUCUCCCGCACACUCUAGCUGA